CGAGCCACGAAGGAACGAUACGCCGAAUCGCCCAAGAGUACAGGCGGCAAUCGGGCGACCGGCGCCGACGGCAACAAACAGAACAAGGGCAGCCACCCACGCGAGAUCGACUCCACCACCCAUAACGAGAGACAGAGCGAACGCAAUGCCGACUAUAAGAUCGAACGAACAACCACUAAAUACUGUGGGGGAGUCAUCCCACAACCAAACAAGGUCACAGACAGAGAAUCCAGAAUCUCAAGACAAAAGGGAAAGAGUGAAGCACAAGCAACCGGCGAAGGAAAAUCAUCAGGAGUUGAAUUCAGAUUCGGAAGGCGACCUCUCCGAAUUAUUUCAGUAAAAUUUAACGAUUCCCCAACGACCCCAACUGCACGAAUAGUUUCCCCAAAUCUAAAAACUAAGACGAGUUUAUUAUUAGACUCUGGAUCGGAAAUCAAUAUUAUCAAGAAACCUGCUUUACCCGAUUCAGCCAUCAUCGACGAGUAGGAAUCAAUCGAAGUGCGAGGAAUUACGGCAACGAGCCUGGUCUCCCUAGGGCAGACGGUAAUACAGGUUGCGGGCCAUCCGGUUGUUUUUCAUGUAGUCGAUGAUUCAUUGCUAAUCGAUCAAGACGGAAUCCUAGGAUCCGAAUUUUUUGCAGGUUGUAAGGCUCGUUUAGAUUAUGAGGGAAAACAUAUCAGAUGGGGAAAUAUUUAUAUUCCCUUCGAUAGUAAAGAAAAAAUAAUUAUACCGAAGCGAAGUUCAAUAACGUGUUCAAUUAAUAUCGCUAAUCCAGAGAUAAAAGAGGGAUUUAUUCCAAGAAUCGAGCCGAGCAAGGGAAUCUAUUUUGGAAAUGCAGUUGUGAGGAAUCAUAAAGGAAAAGGCUAUAUAAGAGUAAUAAAUACUACUUCAAGAGAUUACAAUACCGACGAUGGUAAUUAAGGAAUUUGAAAAUCCCUCCCCGCUUCCUAGGACAGCGUGUAAUACAGUUCUAAAAUCGAAGGAAAGUAGAUACGAAAAAAUAAAUGAGUUACUACGACUCGAACACUUGAACGAAGAAGAAAAGGAAAAUGUUAAAAAAUUGAUUCGUAAUAAUCAAGAUAGGUUUCAUAUUCCAGGAGAUAUAUUGGAAGCAACCGAUGUUCUAGAACAUAGAAUAAUUACUACGGAUAAUAUACCAAUCAAUACCAAACAGUAUCGAUAUCCACCAAUACAUCGAGAAGAGAUAAAUCGACAGAUUCAAGAAUUACUAGAUACGGACGUAGUGGAACCAUCAAUAUCUCCAUAUAACUCCCCGUUAUGGAUCGUACCCAAAAAACCCGAUUCUCAAGGAAAUAAACGCUGGAGAUUAGUUAUCGAUUAUAGAAAAUUGAACGAUAAAACGAAAGGCGAUGCCUGCCCACUACCCAACAUUACAGAAAUAUUGGAUCAAUUAGGAAGUGCAAAAUAUUUUUCCACGUUUGACUUAGCAUCAGGCUUUCACCAGAUCCGUAUGUCACAGGAAGAUGCCCACAAAACUGCAUUUUCGACACCAUACGGACAUUUUCAAUUCAAAAGAAUGCCCUUUGGAUUAAAAAAUGCCCCAGCAACAUUUCAACGUUUGAUGAACUCAGUAUUAUCUGGUCUGCAAGGAAUAGAACUAUUCGUCUAUCUGGAUGACAUAGUGAUUUAUUCCAGGUCUCUCCAAGAACACGAAAUUAAAUUUAAUAAAUUAAUGGAAAGACUGAGGACAGCUAAAUUACGAUUACAACCUGAUAAGUGCGAAUUUUUACGACACGAGGUGAAUUAUUUAGGACAUAUAAUUAGUGAGGAUGGCGUGAAACCCGACCCAAAGAAAGUCGAAGCCGUAUCAAAAUUUCCACGACCAAAGAAGGCGAAAAAUAUCAAACAAUUUCUGGGACUAGCAAGAUAUUACAGAAGAUUUAUACCCGAUUUCUCCAAGGUCGCGAAACCAUUGACACAACUACUAAAGAAAGAUACUCCCUUUAAAUGGACAGAAAAUCAAGAAAAUGCAUUCAAUAAUUUAAAGACAGCGUUAAUGACGAAACCCAUUCUACAAUAUCCAGACUUUUCUAAACCCUUUAACCUUACCACAGACGCAUCAGGAUAUGCAAUAAGCGGUGUACUGAGUCAAGGGCCAAUUGAAAAAGAUUUACCGAUUGCGUAUGCCUCAAGACUAUUAAAUUCCGCCGAACAAAAUUACUCUACCAUAGAAAAAGAGUGUCUGGCAAUUGUUUACAGCGCAAUGCACUUCCGACCGUACUUUACCAUCGUAACCGAUCAUAAACCUUUAGUGUGGAUGCAUUCUAUCAAAGAUCCUACUUCAAGAAUUUGGAAAUGGAAAUUAAAAUUAUCGGACUUUGAAUUUGAUAUUGUAUACAAAGAAGGCAGGGCGAACGCAAACGCAGACGCAUUAUCUAGGAACCCUCCGGAAGUUUGUUUACCAAUCAGAAAGAGAGAGGAAGUCUCACCGAUUCGCUAUCCUGUCUCAAAAAGAUUCGAAAUAGAUACGUCAACGGAAGACUCUCCCAUAUUCGAAGCCAAACCACGCGUCUUACCUCAAUCCACUGAUCUUACAAAACAAGGAAAAAUUUCUACUCGAAAGCAUCUUACACUGGAAGAAACAUCCGUAAAAUAUUUUGACGAAGCACUAACCGAACUCGAUGUAAACACAAAUAGAAAAAUAACUGAUCAAGGAAAAAGGCGCAUGGACACAACAGGCGAAGAAGAACCCUCCGCCGUAAUUCCAGAACUAACUCCACAACGAGAAAAGGAUACGCAUGUCUCAAAAAGAUUUAAACUGGAUACGUCAACCGAAGAUUCUCCCAUAUUCGAAGCUAAACCACACGUCUUGCCUCAAUCCAGUGAUUCUAAAAAUCAAGGAAAGGGUUUUACCCGAAAACAUUUUACAAUAGAAGAAACCCCUAUAAAAUAUUUAGACCAAGCAUUAGCAGAAAUCGAUGUAAGUACAGAUAGGGAAAUAACCAAUCGAGAAAAAGAAGACACGGAUACAACAAGCGAAAAAGAGACCUCCACUGUAAUUCCAGAACUAAUUCAACAACAAGAAAAGGACACAAGACCUACGAUAAUUGCGGAACUAAAAAUUUCAGAAACCAGAGACUCAAUUGCGAGAGUAAAUGACCAUAAAGUAGUAUUUAUAGAUAUACAUGGCAAUCCGAUAGAUAAAGGAGCCUUAGAAAUGAAGGAAACGGGAAAAUUGCCUCACUAUGAAGAUUUAAUGUUAGAAAAAGCAAGAUUGAAUUACGAUUCUGGAAAAUACAUUGUAUUCCUACCGAUAAAGGAAAAUAGAAAUAUUCCAAUAACACCAGAAAAUUUAUUAAACUCGCUAAGGUCUCUAUUAGACGUAGUAAAUGAAAAACAGUUAAAUUCGUUUAGCAUUAGCAAAGGAAACUUGGAGGAAAUACCCUGGCGAUAUACAAUCAGAAAAUUAAAGGAAAUGUUUAUGGAAAAAACCUUAACCAUCACCAUUUGCACCAGGGAAGUAAUUACCCCACCUGUGGAAGCGCGGAACAACAUAAUACGGGAAAAACAUGAAUCAAGCGUAGCAGGACACAAAGGAAUUACAAAAACUUAUCAAAGAAUACGACAACACUACUAUUGGGAAAAUAUGAAAAAGGAAAUUCAAGAUUACGUAAGAACAUGUAAGGAAUGUCAAUUGAAGAAACUCACAAGAAUAAAAGCAAAACAACCAAUGGUACUUACAGACACACCAGGUAAAGCGUUCGAUAAGAUUAGUAUGGAUAUUGUAGGUCCAUUACCAAAAACUCAAAAGGGAAAUGAAUAUAUAUUAACUAUCCAAGAUUUAUUAACAAAAUACUCAAUCGGGAUUCCACUAGGAGGAAUCUCUUCAGCCGAGAUAGCGGACGCUUUUGUAAAGCGAUUUAUUUGUCGUUUCGGGUCACCGAGAGCUAUUCUCACUGAUCAAGGAACGAACUUUACAUCAUCACUAAUGAAGAAAGUAGCAAAGAGAUUCCGCAUCAAACAAUAUACUACGACGGCAUAUCAUCCACAAAGUAACGGUUCAAUCGAAAGAUCUCACCACGUGCUGAUAGAAUAUCUCAAAUUAUACAUUGAAAAUUCCAAAAAUUGGGACGAAUGGGUAGAAUUAGCUAUGUUUUCCUAUAAUACCUCUGUACACGAAGGAACGAAAUUCUCCCCGCACGAAUUAGUUUUUGGACAUCUAGCCAGAGAACCUACUGGUGAAGUAAUAAUCGAAGAGAACAUGGAACCAACUUACGCAGAAUAUCUCGAAGAUCUGUUCGAUAAAAUUAACACCGUACAACGAAUGGCGAGAGAAAAUUUGAUAAAAUCCAAACUAAGGUCAAAAGAAUAUUACGACCGACGAAUCAACCCCCAAGAUUUUAAAAUAGGAGAUUCGAUAUAUUUACUAAAAGAACCCAGUAAAGGAAAAUUCUCCGAUCAAUAUACUGGACCAUACAAAGUGCUAGAAAUCUUGCAGAACCAAAACGUCAAGAUCGAAGUAAAAGGGAUUCCGCGAACGGUGCACUUAAACAAGUUAAAACUAGCGCAUAAUCGAAAUAAGCAAUGAAUAAAGCGAUUUCAGUGGGCAACGUAGUGCAGUAGUGUAUGUUGUAGUGCUGUUCGUCGAAUAAUACAGAUAUCGAACACCUAAAAGGAAAAAGGAAAAUUAUUAUAUGAGUUUCAAUUAUUGCUUAAUUAUAAAACGUGUUAACUCAAUGAA